AUGGCGCGCGGCGGCCGCGACCGCGCCCUGGGGCUCGCCCUGGGGCUGCUGCUGGCGCUGGCGCUGGCGCCGCGGACGCUGCGGGCCAAGCCCACGGUGCGCAAGGAGCGCGUGGUGCGGCCCGACUCGGAGCUGGGCGAGCGGCCGCCCGAGGACAACCAGAGCUUCCAGUACGACCACGAGGCCUUCCUGGGCAAGGAGGACUCCAAGACCUUCGACCAGCUCACCUCGGAGGAGAGCAAGGAGAGGCUGGGGAAGAUCGUUGAUCGAAUCGACAGUGAUGGGGACAGCUUUGUAACCACUGAGGAGCUGAAAACCUGGAUCAAACGAGUGCAGAAAAGAUACAUCUACGAUAAUGUCGCUAAAGUCUGGAAGGAUUAUGAUCGGGACAAAGAUGAUAAAAUUUCCUGGGAGGAAUACAAGCAAGCCACGUAUGGUUACUACCUAGGAAACCCUGCUGAGUUUCAAGACUCUUUGGAUCAUCACACCUUUAAAAAGAUGCUGCCCCGCGACGAGAGAAGGUUCAAGGCUGCAGACCUGGAUGGUGACCAGACCGCCACUCGGGAGGAGUUCACCGCCUUCCUGCACCCUGAGGAGUUUGAGCACAUGAAGGAAAUUGUGGUUUUGGAAACUCUGGAGGACAUCGACAAGAAUGGGGAUGGGUUCGUGGAUCAAGAUGAGUAUAUUGCGGAUAUGUUUUCCCACGAGGAGAACGGCCCUGAGCCAGACUGGGUUUUGUCAGAACGGGAGCAGUUUAAUGAGUUCCGGGAUCUGAACAAGGAUGGGAAGUUGGACAAAGAUGAGAUUCGCCACUGGAUCCUCCCUCAAGACUAUGACCACGCUCAGGCCGAGGCCAGGCACCUGGUGUAUGAGUCAGACAAAAAUAAGGAUGAAAAGCUAACUAAAGAGGAGAUAUUGGAGAACUGGAACAUGUUUGUUGGAAGCCAAGCUACCAAUUAUGGGGAAGACCUCACAAAAAAUCAUGAUGAACUUUGAUGCAUCCUCCCCAUAGUACAUACAGCAGACUGUCAUAGGCUUUCUUUUAUUGUUUUGGAUGGUUGCUGCAGUUGUCUCAUUUACAGCACUUGUGGCCUCCCCAAAAAGCAAGUUUAUAACCUCGGAUUGGGGUUAAAUUGUUUUCCACCCAAUAUUUACUGGAAAAUAGUCAUCGCUAUUGUUUCAGUAAGACUUCUCUCCAAACACAUUAAAAUCUUGGUAAAUCACUAUGCUCUAUGGGGACACUUGCUAAAACAUGAUUUUUUAGCUUUUUUCAGUAAACAUAAAUGAAAGGGGGAGAGAAUGUGAAAAAGCCUCAUAUUUAGAAGUUGGGUGGGCUGGGGGGCACCGUGUGGAGCGACUGCUAUGUAUUUUAACUGCACAUUUUUUACAUUUGCCACUGUUGAAUAGUCAGUGAGCGGAAAGUCUGACGAAGCUACAGUGGUAUCCUCCUAUGCAGGCUUAUUUCAGAGCACGUCUCAUAUUCCAGAUUCUUCCUUCUUGACUUUGUACUCUGAGCUGUCACUGUAAAUGGUAUAUAAAUCCUCUGUGCAUUUUUCUGUGCGGACCUGCUCAUGUGCACAACAAACCCGCAUCUUUGUGUUCUUUAUUUUUACAAUAAGAAGCAAUCAAGAAAGAUAAUGUGAAAAAGAAAGGAAUUUUAGAGGUAGGGAAGAAAUGAAUGUCAGGCAUUCACAGAGCUAUAGGAAAAUGAUCAACACUAUUAUACUUGAGAAAAUGUUCUUGUCAUGCAAAUGAGGUAGGUCUGAUCUUUGAAAAAGUGAAUAGAAAUACAAUCCAUUUCCUCGCUGAUCGCCAGUAAGAAUGAAGCAGUGGGAUCCUGGAGAAGCUGGUAUUGUGGAGUUUUGGAACCCCUCCAUCUGGUCCCCUGGACCUGCCCUGGGGUCCACCACACCCGGGAAUUAGGAAUGUUCCAAGCCGUUGACCGAACUGGUAGAAACAACUUUUACAGGUUGAAAUUUUACUUUAUAAAUAGCGAACAAAAUAAAAGGAUCCCACUGAGGAUUUU